AAGCUGAAAAUGGUUUAAAGUCUCAAGUUAAUAUUGACAAACAUAAACCAUCAUAUUGGAAAUUAUAUUCUUUUGCCAGUAGAAUAGAUUGGUGUAUAAUGAUUUUUGGUUUAAUAUUUUCUGGUAUUACUGGUGCUGCUCUGCCAACAACAACGGUCGUAUUUGGAAGAAUGGUUAAUUCUUUCACUGAUUUUCAAACAGGCCGAAUUAGUAGCGAAGACUUUCAAAAAGUAGUUAACCAUAACACAUUAUUCUUUGUGUACCUAGCAACUAUUACUUUUGUUGCCACUUAUAUUUAUAUGGCAUGUUGGAUUUUUACUGGUGAAAGAAUUACACGAAAAAUUCGUGAAGCUUAUCUUCGUGCGGUGCUUCGUCAAAAUAUUGCUUAUUUCGAUAAACUUGGUGCUGGUGAAGUAACUACUCGUAUCACUUCUGAUACUCAUUUGAUCCAAGAUGGUAUUAGUGAAAAAGUUCCCGUGGCUGUUCAA